AGGUUGAGCCGUUAGCCGACAUGGCGGAUCACACGGAUAUCAGCUUGUCGCCGGAAGAGCGAGUCCGUGCUCUGACCAAAAGAGGCAGUUCGGUGGAAGUCAACGACGACGUGCCGCCGCGACGCUACUUCCGCUCCGGCAUGGAGAUGAUCCGAAUGGCACACAUCUACACCGAAGAGGGAAACAUCGAACAUGCCUUCGUACUUUAUAAUAAAUAUAUUACGCUUUUUAUUGAAAAACUUCCCAAACAUCGGGAUUACAAGACGGCAAACAUCCCAGAGAAAAAGGACACAGUUAAGAAACUCAAAGAUGUGGCGUUUCCUCAAGCAGAGGUUCUCAAACAGGCUCUUUUAAAAAGAUUUGAACAAGAAUAUGCGCAGUAUCUGGUCAAAAAGAAAGCGGAGGAGGAGGCCCUGGCGCUGGAACAGUCCAGGCAGCGUGCGCUGGACGCCGAGCGGGAACGUGUCGCCGUAAUGCAGCGGCGGCAGCGGGAGCAGGAGCAGUUCAGUGCCUUCGAGGAGAUGAUCCGUCGCCAGGAGCUGGAGAAGGAGCGUCAGCGAGUGCUUCUGGAGUUCGCCACGCCGUCCGCGCCUCCCGACAACACGCCCCUCAUUCCUGGCAUCCAGGGCCCGCCCUUGGUGUCCCCCACCAUCCCGCUGAGCCCCAGCGAUUUCGGCGCCAACGACUAUCAGCACCAUCGGCCUGCUGCUACGCCGGGCACGCCCGUGGCCGGACCGCCCACCUUUGACCGCACGCUCAAACCCGGGUCUCUGGUCAGCCCUGGGAGCAACAGUACGAUGGUGGAUGCCCUCCGGCAGCUGGCCGUUCCUGCUGAGCUGUGCCGCAGCUUCCUGAGGCUGGCUGAGGCCAACACCAGCCGCGCUGUGGAAACUUGCGGCAUCCUGUGUGGAAAACUGACCAGAAAUGCGUUCACUGUGACCCACGUCAUCGUGCCGAAGCAGUGUGGCGGGCCGGACUACUGUGACACUGAGAACGAGGAGGAGCUGUUCCUGAUCCAGGACCAGCAUGACCUCAUCACCCUGGGAUGGAUCCAUACUCACCCGACGCAGACCGCCUUCCUGUCCAGCGUCGACCUCCACACACACUGCUCCUACCAGAUCAUGCUGCCCGAGGCCAUCGCCAUCGUCUGCUCGCCGAAAUUCAACGAAAUUGGCUACUUCCGGCUAACCGAUCGAGGAACGGAUGAGAUCUCUUCGUGUAAACAGAAGGGCUUCCAUCCUCACAGCAAAGAUCCUCCUCUCUUCACACACGCCGGACAUGUGAACAUCACGGACGACGCUGUGAGCAUGAUGGACCUGCGGUGAUCUUCUGGUUCCACCCAAACACUCGAGGACUGUUUAACCGAACUGAACGUGUUUUACUGGAAGAAGCUGAAAACACUCGUUUUAUUUUCCCGGACCGUACUGAGAAAAGCGCCGGCUACAUGUUUACCGUUUAUUUAGACUUCUUUUCUUCUCAAGAGGAACUGUGUUGAACAUUCAUAUAUUAUUGCACUUUCCAAACCAUCAAACAACUAUCAGACUCAUGGACUUCAGAACCUCUUGUCUUUUCCGUGCUUCUGUUUUUUGUCCUUAACUUGUUCUCUGUUCUGCUUUCUUCUUUCAACAUGUUUGUCAGUGACCGCUGACAGGUGAGAUUUUGAUUCUACCUGACGAUAAAGUGCCAAGGAUGUGAACAUUCA